UCCGUGAGCGGAGCUAAACUGAGACACUUCCAUACAGCGCAAAUGGCUGCGAGUUUCUGCAGAACGACUUGUGCGUUUAUAUGGAUGUUUGCAGUUGUUUCAACCGCUCGACUAUAUCCACCGAACGAAGUGACAUUACUGGACACAAGGACAGUUCCCGGGGAGCUGAAAUGGGCAGCCAAUCCCACAGAAGGAGGGUGGGAGGAGGUGAGCAUCAUGGAUGAGAAGAACAUCCCCAUCAGAACGUACCAGGUGUGUAACGUGAUGGAACCCAGCCAGAGCAACUGGCUUAGAACUGACUGGAUCCCUCGGUCUGGUGCGCAGCGCAUCUAUGUCGAGAUCAAGUUCACCCUCCGGGACUGUAACAGCCUGCCUGGAGUCACUGGCACCUGCAAGGAGACCUUCAACCUCUACUACUUUGAGUCUAACAAUGACAGAGAGCACUACAUCAGAGAGAGCAACUUCCUCAAGAUCGACACAGUGGCAGCCGACGAGAGCUUCACUCAGGUGGACAUCGGGGAUCGCAUCAUGAAGCUAAACACGGAGGUGCGUAAUGUAAAGGUCACAACCCGGAAGGGUUUCUACCUGGCGUUCCAGGAUGUUGGCGCCUGCAUCGCUCUGAUCUCCGUUCGUGUUUUCUACAAGACCUGCCCCCUCAGCAUCCGUAACCUGGCAACCUUCCCAGAUACUAACACUGGAGCUGACACUUCCUCAUUAGUGGAGGUCAGGGGGUCGUGUGUGAACCAAUCAGAGGAAAGGGAGGAGCCUAAGAUGUAUUGUGGCGCAGAUGGGGAAUGGCUGGUUCCCAUUGGUGGGUGUGUCUGUAACCCGGGAUACGAGGAGAAAGGUGGAGCCUGUCAGGCGUGUAAGGUUGGUUUCUACAGAGCUGUGUCUACAGACGGAGCAUGUUCUGAGUGUCCUCCACACAGUCACUCAGAGAAGGCGGGGGCUACUGUCUGUGACUGCAACCCAGGAUACUACCGCUCUGAGACUGACCCUGCAUCUAUGCCCUGCACACAACCCCCCUCUGCUCCACAGCAGCUGAUCUCAGAGGUCAACGAGACAUCAGUGGUUCUAGAGUGGAGCGCACCCCUCAGGCUUGGAGGGAGAACUGACAUCAGAUACCGUGUGGACUGCCUGCUCUGCCACGAGGCUGGUAGCCUUGGGGGUCCUGACGGGCCUCUUGGGGCCCAGCUCUGCCUGCCCUGCGGCCCAGACGUCCUCUUCUCCCCCCAGCAGAGCGGCCUAGGGGCCACCAGAGUGUGUGUGAGCGAGCUGCAGGCACACACACGCUACACCUUCACCAUCGGCGCCCGCAACGGGGUUUCCCAAGGCCACACUGCAGGGGCAAGAGAAAGUGUGUCUGUCACUCUCACCACCAACCAGGCCGCUCCCUCCCCAGUCACGUCCAUCCAGGCCAGUGAUGUCACCAGGCACGGUGUGUCCUUGGCAUGGCAACAGCCCGACCGGCCCAAUGGGGUCAUCCUUGAGUACGAGGUCAAGUACUACGAGAAGAAUCAGAAGGAGAGGUCCUACCGCAUUAUGAAGACGGCAUCCCGUAGUGCUGAUAUCACUGGGCUGAACCCACUCACUGUGUACGUCUUUCACGUGCGCGCUCGCACGGCCGCCGGAUACGGAGAGUUCAGCGCCCCCUUUGAGUUUUCCACCAACUCAGAUCCCUUGCCUCUGAUUGGUAAUGCCGCUAACUCCACCCUUCUCCUACUGUCAAUCAGUGGGGGUGUGGUUCUACUGCUCAUCUCUACCACAGUCUUCAUCAUCAGCCACAGGAGGGGACAAUACAGCAAAGCUAAGCAGGACUUAGAGGAGGAGAAACAUUUAAACCCAGGUGUGAGGAUAUACGUGGACCCCUUCACCUAUGAGGACCCGGACCAGGCUGUCCAUGAGUUUGCCAAAGAGAUUGACGCCUCCAACAUACACAUAGAGAAAGUAAUUGGCAUCGGUGAGUUUGGGGAGGUGUGUAGUGGCCGUCUGCGGCUCCAGGGGAAGAGAGAGAUCUACGUGGCCAUAAAGAGUCUGAAGGCAGGAUAUGCUGACAAACAGAGGCGGGACUUCCUCUCUGAGGCCAGCAUCAUGGGACAAUUCGACCACCCAAACAUCAUCAGACUGGAGGGUGUGGUCACACGAUGUAAACCAGUGAUGAUCAUCACAGAGUACAUGGAGAAUGGAUCCCUCAACACCUUCCUCAGGAAACACGACGGUCAGUUCACAGUGAUCCAGCUGGUGGGCAUGCUGCGUGGCAUCGUGUCGGGCAUGAAGUACCUGUCUGACAUGAGCUACGUUCACCGAGACCUGGCCGCCCGCAACAUCCUGGUCAACAGCAACCUGGUGUGUAAGGUGUCUGACUUCGGCCUGUCACGAGUACUGGAGGACGACCCUGAGGCAGCAUACACCACACGGGAGGUGACUGGGACGUACCACUCUCCAGAGGGGAAGAUCCCCAUCAGAUGGACUGCUCCAGAGGCCAUCGCCUACAGGAAGUUCACUCCAGCCUCUGACACAUGGAGCUACGGCGUGGUCAUGUGGGAGGUGAUGUCAUAUGGAGAGCGGCCAUAUUGGGACAUGAGUAACCAGGAUGUGAUAAAAGCGAUAGAUGAGGGUUACCGUCUGCCCCCACCUAUGGACUGUCCAGUUUGUCUGCACCAACUGAUGUUAGACUGCUGGCAGAGAGACAGAAUACACAGACCAAGUUUCACGCAGAUCCUCAACAUUCUGGAUAAACUCAUCCGCAACCCAACUACCACACUGAAGAGGACAGGAGGAGAGAGGCCUGUUCCCACUCUGUUGGAGCCUGUAGGAGGUCCAGAGUUUGUGUCAGUGUGGUCAGUAGAAUACUGGCUCCAGGCUAUAGGGAUGGACAUGUACAGAGACAUCGUCACUGCUGCUGGAUACACCAGUCCUGACAGCCUGCUAACCCUCACACAGCAGGACAUGGCCAGUAUAGGAAUCGUCACACCAUCACACCAGGACCAGAUCCUUGCCAGUGUGCAGCAGGUAUUGCUGUCCCACAUGCAACAAAUACAGGACCAGAUGCAGGACAGUAUGGUUCCCGUCUGA